UCCGCUGUUAAAAGCGCUAUGUUAACCGCUAUGUCAGAGCGACUUCAUAGCAGGCAGAAGAGAUAAACUCUGUGGUAUUGCGCGUCCGGUGGAGCGUUACAUCGUCACAUGAGCGUUAACGCCCUCAUUGCUUCUGUCGGCGUGCCUUAGCGGUGGGCUGACAGGGUUUGUUGGUUUCAAAUGCACGGAAUGGCACCAAAAGCAACGUGAACUUGGUUGCAGUUCUGAACAGAGUCGCUCCCCGCCGAUUUAACGUCAUCUGUCCGACAGCGCUGCUGAUAUCAUAUAUAAUCGAGAUUAAUGAUAUGAAGUGUGUGGCAACUUGAAGGGAAAAUCCCAGACUGAUUACAUAGGAACAACUGAGGACCCAGCCUUUUGAAAUGAAAGAAGAAAAAGGGUGACCACAUAUUGUGAAGUCAUGAGAGGCUCAGCGAGCAUGUGAAGAUGUCCCAGAAGGCAACUAAAAUAUGGUGGCCUAGGCUUCUCCCAGUUCUCCUGUUCUUCGUCACCUUUGUCAUGUUCUACUGUUCGUAUGCCUUGAUUCAGAGCUAUGGAGGCACCAGCAAGUCUCCCAGCAGUAGCAAGUCGCUGUGUGGUGGCUGGCUAACCCAGAAGAAAUGGGAGAGCCUUAACUUUAACAUUAGCAGACGGACGCAGCUCUUUAUGAAAAUGGAGGAUUUCUUUUGGCGGCAGCAUCUGUCAGAUCUGGCAUUACCUUAUGGCAUUAAGGGCAGUGAGCUGCUGCUACUGAAAGUGCUUGCUGUAACUACAAAUUAUCACGUGCCAGCCAACAUUGAAAACCUUGAGUGCAGAACUUGUGUAGUCAUAGGUAAUGGCUUUGCCAUUAAAAACAGCUCCCUGGGAAGCAUCAUCAAUAAAUACGAUGUGGUCAUUCGGUUGAAUGAUGCCCCGGUAAGAGGCUAUGAGGAAGACGUGGGGAACAAGACCACCAUGAGGUUCUUCUACCCUGAGUCAGCCUUCUACAACCCUGGACUGGACAAUGAGCCUGACACCCUUAUGGUCCUGGUGCCUUUCAAACAGCAAGAUCUACGGUGGCUCAAAGAGAUCCUCUACAAUGAGAAGAGGGUACUGGAUGUCAGGAAAGGCUUUUGGAAGCCCCCUCCUCAAAUUUGGUUGGGUGAUGCCAGUAAAGUUAGAGUGCUGGACCCACACUUCUUGCAUCAGACUGCAGUCAAGCUGCUAAAGAUCAAUUUUCACCCCAAGAGCAAACAGAUCCCAGUGCAUCCCACCACGGGUAUACUUGCCAUUUUUGUUGCUCUCAACUACUGUGACGUGGUCCACGUUGCUGGAUUCGGAUACCCUCGCUCAAAGAGCCAACAGCAGCAGCCGAUCCAUUACUAUGGAUAUGCCACCAUGAAGUCUAUGAAGAAUUCUUACCACGACCUUAAUCAUGAAGCUGAAGCCUUAAAAAGACUGGAGGAUUCGGGAGCCAUUCUCUACCUGCAUCCACAUUUAUGAUACAGAUCCAUCUCCAUUUUUCGUGGGGUCAUCUGUCUCAGCUCUUAAUGUGCCUUCUGUGGUUGGAUAUUUGAUUUUUUUCUGAACGUGACAAUCCUGGCACCUUAUGUGUGUUUUUCUCCUAAAGUGAAAUAAUAGAGCGAUUUAACCGCUUUUCAAAUGUUUUUCUUUGGCGAUGUGGUUCAGCAUUUUUUUCUAAAGAAUCUUCAACUCUGUAGAUAAAGAAAUUAAUUAAUAAAAUUCUGAAAUAGAAAAAAUGUUGGGCAUCAAUGCUAAGUGUAGCGACCCAGCUGUUUGUGACAAGAUAGCUGCAGUAAACUGGUUUCAUCAGUAGAUGUCCAGUCUUGGUGCUUGUUGUUUUUCGGUUCUUGUGAUGAACUGAGUUGAUGGAAUGAAAACAUCUGACAUGCGCAGUUUUCACUUGUCUGGACUUUUCACGUAUAUCGUUAAGAUGUAAGCCUGAUGCGAGUGGUUUAUCGAGUUUAGAAUGAAAUUUGUUAAUUCUUUUGAACUCUGAUUCUUUAUCUUUAAAGUAUGGAACUGUGUUCAAGUUAAUGUUUUUAAAAAAAAAUCUAAUGACAAUUUUGCUCAUUUGUUAUACUUUGACUACGGUGAUUGUUUCAUUAUUUAUUUCAUGUUUUUUUUUCAGAUACAAAUGGUACCACUGGAUAUUUUGUAAUGUACAGAAUAAAAUACAUUCGUAAAUUAAAGGUGAUUAAAACUGAUCAUAAUUGAU